AUGGACAAGAUUAAGCACAUUCGGGUGGAUUCAGACCUACUGCGCCAACUAGUAUUCCGAGAUAUAGAAGAUCCCGAAAUAAUAGCUUCAACAAACCCAGUCCUAACAGAAUCUUGCUCCCGUGUAAAACGCGAGCUCAAGAACAUCCCAGAGGAAAAGCGUGCUGAAGUCCAUGCGUUAGUGGAUGAAUUCCUACAGGAAAAUCUAAAACUACUAUUCAGAAAAAUAGCCAAAGAUAACUGUGUAGUAAGCCCAGAACUAGUUGAAAUGUUCACGAAAGAAGUUAUAGCAGAACUUCCCUCUGAACUUGUCCAUGGGAUAUCCGUCAUAUGCACAAAAAUAAUAGAUCCUUAUCAGAUAGAAAAGGAUGUUAAAUACAAGAACUUCUCUAUACCAAAUCUAAGGAAAAGGAUCGAACUGUUUAAGUCAUUCGAGGAAACCCAGAAACUUGUUAUCCUCCAAAGCGAGAAAAUAAUUCAGAGGAAAUCCAUGGAGCAUUUCGACAAGCCUCAGUUCGAAGCGUGGCUUUCCAAAGAUAAAAAUAGGCUGGAGUACUUCACUACGAAUAUAAAUGACUUACUGAAGAAGGAGGAAGAAAUGAUUAAAGAAAAAGAAAAAGAAAAAAAAGAAAAAGAAAAAGAAAAGUGUAUUGAAGAAAAUAGCUUGGAUUUAGAAAAGUACACUUUAGAUCGGAUAGUGGAAAAGGCUAAGGGGUAUUAUUCCGGCGAUAAGUUCAAUCCGAGCCUGUACUUUGGCCUGAAAAGAGUAACGGAGGAAAACAAAAAGAAUAUAAUCGACUACAUUACGGAGAUUAUGCCGGAUCCCAACGAUUCUCCUUCUGAGGCGGAAAAGAAAGAAGACAGAAAGAACUACUUAUACAGGAUAAGCCCCUUGUAUGAUUUUUUUCUAGACCUAUAUGGCCCUGUUGACUAUGUAUUAGAAGGUAGUUCCGAAUUCUUUAAGAGUAUAAUCAACAUGAAAGCAGCUUCUAAGCUUAUAGAUUUGGCCUGGAGGGCUAAAUCCAAAAUCAAUGAGUUGGAAGGACCUGAAAAGGCGGAAAUGGAGGAACUUUUUGCUGAUUUGGUGAAAUUUAACCGCAAAAUGUCCAUUAUUGUCUAUACCUUCUUCGCAAAACAGUACAGAAUCCACGAUGCCUUCAGAAUAGCUGAUUCUCCUUUAAAUAUGCUUAGUGCGUGGUCAAGGGAGGAGUUUGGUUUUUUUACUAAUGAUUUUAAAAAAAUGAUGGCUAGACUUCCAACUAUGGAAAGAAAUUCAGGUUUUGAAAAGGCUUUCCAUGCCCUGAUGAGCUGCGCAUACGAAAAGAACGAAAGGGCAAGACAGCUGCACAGAAACGCCAUGAGGGCAGAAGAGUGUCUUGAAGGACUCCAGAUGUAUAAAUCACGCAGGUCCGAUGAUAAAUAUGGAUUCGGGGUUCGUGAAUAUGAAAAAUUUGCAAAGGAAAAUCCAGCUCCUGUGUUUUCAGGUUCUAUUGAGGAUAUACCGCCUGAAAGCCUAGAUGAUGGGGUCACUCCGCGUGAAAUCCAAACCACAAUCCUAUCGCUGAAGAUUUUCCAUGACAUGUACACUGAAGAGCUGAAAGAUGAGACCAAGUCAGACUCUGAGAAAGAAGUUUUGAGGGGGAAAAUAUCGGAAACUGAAGAAAAAAUACGGGUUCUUGAAGAGAAACUGCUUUCAUUUGCGGAUUUAACCGAGGAAGAAGCAAAAAAGAACGACUGCCUUCGUUUUGUUUAUCUGCAGGAGUACAGAUAUCAAUGUUUGAGCCGCAUAGACACACUCAAAACAGAGGCUGAGGAGGAAAUUAUCCCGCUGGCUAAGGAAGUUAUGCGGGAGAUUGAGAAAAUCCCGAAUAACCCAGAAUUUAACAAAAAAGUGGAAAAAAUGCUUGAAGAUCUCAUUGAGGAAGAGCCCCACUGUCUUCUGACUCCGAAAUUUAUUUUUGUAAACAUGCCCUUUUUUAUGGAAGGACUGCCAAACUUGAUAUAUCAGCUCGAUGAAGAGAUAGCCAAGGUUGUAGGAGGAAGCUCAGCUGAGAAAAUCGAGUGA